AUGCGAUUAAGCAAUGGAAAAUAUGUACCAAUUAUUCCUAUAGCAUUACGAAAUGAAAUUCUUCAUUCAUUUCAUGACCAUCCAACAGCUGGUCAUUUUGGAAGGGACAAGACUUGGCUCCGGCUUAAGUAUCGCUGCUCCUGGCGGAUCAUUCGUCAAGAUGUGAUUUGUUAUAUCCAAUCAUAUUCAGCUUGUGCACAUCACCAUAUUCGACGACAUAAACCUCCAGGUGAAGCAUUAAAUCUGGUACAAAUGAAUUUUACACGUCCACUCCCAAGAUCAACGAACGGCAAUCGUAAGGCCGUUUCUGAUGAUUCAACACAAACAGCAGCUGAAUUUCUUAUCAAUAUUCCACUAGAGUUUGAUAUUCCUCAUCAGCUACAGACUUAUCGCGGUUCACAUUUCACAUCCGCAAUAUUCGAAGAAAUUACCAAACGACUUGGAUGUGUACAUACAAUAUCGACACAUUACCAUCCUCAAUCACAGGGAAUCAUUGAAAGAUUCAAUGCAACGUUUAAACAACAAUUGGCUAAAUAUACAAAUGAACAUUAUGAUGAUUAG